GUUGUUGGAAGAGUGCAAUUGGCAAAUCUGGUUUUGCAAGUCACUCCUCUUUUGGGAACUACAAUUCCCAGCAUCCUGCAUUGCCCGGCUGCCAUUGCUGCUCUCAGGCCAUGCAGCCCCCGCUGGAAGAGGCGCUGGCCGUGAUGGUGAACACCUUCCACAAAUACUCCUCCCGGGAGGGAGACCCCCUCAAGCUCAGCACGGCCGAGAUGAAGGAGCUGCUCACCCACGAACUGCCCACCUUCGUCCGGGGGAAGAUCAACGAGGUGGGUCUGGAGUCGGUGAUGCAAAAGCUGGACGGCAACAAGGACGGCGAACUGGACUUCCCAGAAUACGCCGUCUUCCUGGCCUUGGUGGCCAACCUGUGCCACGAGUUCUUUGCCGAGUGCGCCGACGAGAAGAACCGCAAGAGAUGAGCAA